GCAACUCACGACUACCAAAUAAUCAUAUUGAGUAAUGUAACUCGGACUUUUUAAAUCAUAAACGUGUAGCAUGUAGAAAACAAGACUAACCAGGCAUGUCCAUCAGUAAUAGAAUUAUGUCCAUCAUGGGUUGUUGCUUCCGGCGGGAUGACAGUGACAGCGAGGACGAAUACGAUUUAGAAAGGAUGCUGGCUGAAAAUAAAGUUCUCGUCAUCUCCAGGCUGACCUGUCCGUUGUCGUGGGAGGCGAAGGACAUCCUGUCCGGUAGCGGGAUAAACUUCGCUUCUCUGGAACUUGACCUGAUACCCGAGGAAGAGGAAGAGCUCGUCCGACAGCUACGGGCCAUGGUAUGCAGCAGGAUCUUGCCUCUGAUCUUCGUCAAAGGAAAGUUCAUCGGUGGCACUGAGGAGCUGAGGAGGUUGAGGGCUACAGGCGAGCUUUGGCAUAUGAUGGGUGUCAAAGUGCCCACCUGCUACAAACGGUUCAAACUUUGCAAGGAUUUGAAAACGGGUGGAUGCUGACAUGCUGACAAAUUUUUGUUUGAUAUAUUAACACAUGUAUUAUAAUGUAAAUACAAACUCCAUAU